UUCCCUGUUGCUAUCCUGCAUCUUGACAGCAGUGAGAACACCAAAGCUCCAAUGGCUGUUUUUGGUGCCAGCCUUGCCUUGCUAGUUUGGCUUGUUUUCCUACUCUUUGUCUCAGUAUGGAAGCAGAUUUACAACAGUUGGAAACUUCCUCCCGGCCCAUUUCCUCUUCCAAUCAUUGGAAAUAUCUUCAACUUGGAUGUUAAAAAUAUCCCCAAAUCUUUUGACAAGCUGGCUAAAGAAUAUGGCUCUGUGUUCACAAUAUAUGUUGGUCCAAGGCGUAUUGUGGUGUUACAUGGAUACAAAGUUGUGAAGGAAGCUCUGCUCGAUCUUAAAAAUGAGUUUUCAGGGAGAGCAGAUAUACCAGUCUUUGAUGCCCAUAAGGAUUCUGGAAUUAUUUUCAACAACUCAGAGACAUGGAGAGACACACGUCGAAUCUCCCUCACAGUCCUCAGGGAUUACGGAAUGGGGAAGAAGAGCAACGAAGAAAGAAUUCAGAGAGAAUCUCACUUCCUGCUUGAGGCACUCAGAAAGACAAAUUCCCAGCCCUUUGAUCCAACCUUCGUCCUUGGUGGUGGUCCUAUAAAUGUGAUUCAUGAUAUCCUUUUCCACAAGCGCCUUGACUAUUCAGACAAGACAUGUCAGAAGUUGUUACAUAUAUACAAUGAAAACUUCUACCUGUUAAGCACACCCUGGAUGCAGAUCUACAAUAAUAUAGGAUCUUACUUACGUUACCUACCCGGAAGCCACCGGACAGUUUCAAAAAAUGUAUCUGAGGCAAAACAGUAUGUGUUUGAAAGAGUCAAAGAGCAUCAAGAGUUAUUGGAUCCCAACAACCCUCAAGAUUUCACUGACUGUUUACUCAUCCAAAUGGAGAAGGACAAAAAGAAUCAAAAGAAGGGAUUUGACAUAGAAAAUGUAACAGUCACUGUGGCAGAUUUACUUUUUGCUGGAACAGAGACAACCAGUACCACUCUGAGAUAUGGACUCUUACUCCUUCUAAAACACCCAGAAGUGGAAGAAAAACUUCAUGAAGAAAUUGAUCGGGUGAUUGGACCAGAACGAAUGCCUUCCAUGAAGGACAAAGUAAACAUGCCUUACAUGGAAGCUGUGGUGCACGAGAUCCAGAGAGUCAUUAAUCUUGUCCCUUCCAACCUGCCCCACGUAAUGAAUCAAGAUGUCCAAUUCAGAGGAUAUCUUAUUCCUAAGGGCACAACAGUCUACCCAACACUGGACUCUGUCAUGUUAGACAGUGAAGAAUUCCCUAAUCCCGAACAGUUUGACCCAGGACACUUUCUGAAUGAAAAUGGAAAAUUUAAGUACAGUGACUAUUUCAAAGCUUUUUCUGCAGGAAAGCGUGUAUGUGUUGGAGAAGGUCUAGCUCGAAUGGAAUUAUUUUUAUUCAUGACCAUCAUUUUACAGCAUUUUAAUUUGAAAUCUCUUGUCCGCCCAGAAGAGAUUGAUACCACCCCAGUUACUGUUGGUUUUGGCUCUGUCCCACCAAUUUACAAGCUCAGCCUUCUGCCCCGAUCAGAGAUGUGAAGAAGGGACUAUAUUGACCAUUCAAUUCCUUUCUGGAAUCAAGAAUUUUCUUACUGGAAUUGUAUACUUCUUGUAAAUAGAGACAAUCUACUUUGAACUGGAAUACUACUAUAUUAAAAAGAGUAUUCUGGUUUCUAAUCCUAGCUCUCAUGAGAAUAGUUUGUCUCUUCUUAUCAAGUAACCUUUCCUUGCCCCUUUUUUGAAAUACCUACAUCCAGAAUCUUUCUUGUUGGAAACUCCCAGGUCCCUAGCUAAUAAGCUUCUGACUCUGUGAUACCAGAGGUGGAAAGCCAAUCAAAACUUUAAGACUUUACCAAUCCACAUAAAAUCCUUUAUUUUCUUCCAUAUUAACAUGCAAAUCACUGGUAUGUGACAGUUUAGGGAUCUCACUCCUGAAGUGGAUUAUAUUACUCUCAUAGUAUUGGCAUGAGAGCAAGAAGCCACUUUCACCUAGGGCAGUUGGCCUGAAGAUCAUCACACCAAGUCUUGGACCCUGUAUAUCCUGUCCUUUCAGAGCUUUGCUUAUACUUUUGUCUCUCUGGGAGACUGGCUGGAUCUGUGUCCCCUUUUCCUUUGCCCUCUACUUCAUGUUACCUGAACAUCUAAAGUUUAAUAUUUUUCCUUGUGUAAGAUAAAAUUCACCUACAAUAAAAUGUUAUUUACUCAUUUAAUUUUUCUAUGGAAAAUUCUGGAACACUGCUGCCCCCCAAAAAAAUAAACGAUGUAAACAAACAUAA